ACAGACAGAGACAAUAAAGGAAUAAUAUUUCUCCAUCUUGUUUUUCUACUCAUAAUACGGUGCUAAUUGCUGAGUUCAGAAAGAAUUAGAAGGCGCUGUAAUUUAAUGUGCAGAUCUUAGAAAUAUGGUUUAAAACAAUUUAUUGCAUCCGUUUUAAUAAUAAUAAUUUUGCAUUCUACAAGUGUGUCACUAGAUGAUUAAAAAUUAAAUAUUUCAUGCUGUAUAAGCGAAGACAUCAAACAAGUGUUUGCCAGUGACUAAACAAUGAGUUCUCGUCAUAGGGAUAGGAGUCGAUCACGAUCUCGCGACCGUGAUCGACACAAGGAAAGGGACAAGGGACGGGAUCGUGACCGUGAUAAAGAUAGAGAGCGAGACCGUGACCGUGAUCGUGAUCGUGAUCGUGAUCGUGAGCGAGAUCGUGAUCGUGACCGUAACCGAGACAGAGACAGGGACAGGGACCGGGAUCGCGACCGUGAUCGCGAGAGACACCGGUCUAAGAGGGAUAAGGAGCGAGACCGCAGCCGCAGCCGAGAUCGCCAUAAAGAAAAAAGGCGAAGUCGCUCUCGCAGUCGGAGUCGAAGUCGUGGAAGAAAGUCUAAGGACAGGGAUGGGACCAUUGCCCUUCUGGAUCAGAUGGUGGGAACUACUACCAAAGCCACUGCUCGACAAGUGGCAGCCCCCACUAGCAUCAAUCCUGCAACACAAGCAGCCAUAUUGGCAGCCGCAGCUGUAGCUCAGACGUUUGUGGCGCAGCGGCGCAUGGCGGCGCCCGUGCAGCCCGCCGCCGCCGCCGCCGCCGCGCUGUCGGCCGCCACCGCCAUCCCGCCGCCCACCUCGGUGCAGCAGAAGCUGGAGAUGAUGCAGGCGCGCACCGAGUCGCGCUACCGCGACAAGCCGCCCUUCGACCACCACCCGGACGACGACAAGGACGACGGCCAAGGCCCGCCCGGCGAGACGGCGGCCGAGCGGCGCGCGCGGCGGCGGCGCACGCGCUGGAUGGGCUCGGAGCACGACAAGACCUUCAUCCCCGGCCUGCCCACCGUGCUGCCGUCCACCCUCACGCGCGAGCAGGAGGAACAGUAUCUACUGCAGCUGCAGAUCGAGGAGGUGAGCCGCAAGCUGCGCUCCGGCGACCUGGGCAUCCCGGCCAACGUGGACGAGAGGUCUCCGUCGCCGGAGCCCAUCUACUCGACGGACGGCAAGCGCCUGAACACGCGCGAGUACCGCACGCGCCGCAAGCUGGAGGAGGAGCGCCACCGCCUCGUGCAGCGCAUGCAGCAGAUCAACCCCGAGUUCAAGCCGCCGCCCGACUACAAGCCGCCCAUCAUCCGCGUGCACGACAAGGUGAUGAUCCCGCAGGAGGAGCACCCCGACAUCAACUUCGUGGGGCUGCUCAUCGGCCCGCGGGGGAAUACGCUUAAAGCGAUGGAGAAGGAGACGGGUGCAAAGAUAAUAAUACGAGGCAAGGGCUCCGUGAAAGAGGGCAAGGUGGGCCGCAAGGACGGACAGCCGCUGCCCGGCGAGGACGAGCCGCUGCACGCCUACAUCACCGCCACCAACGCGGACUGCGUCAAAAAGGCAGUCGAGAAGAUCAAGGAGGUGAUCCGCCAGGGCGUAGAGGUGCCCGAGGGGCAGAACGACCUGCGGCGCAUGCAGCUGCGCGAGCUGGCGCAGCUCAACGGCACGCUGCGCGAGAGCGACGCGCCGCGCUGCGCCAACUGCUCCGCCGCCGACCACAAGACCUGGCUCUGUCCCGACAAGCCGAACGUGACCAACAGCAUCGUGUGCUCGUCGUGCGGCGGCGCGGGACACAUCGCUCGGGACUGUCGCGCGCGCCGCCCGGGACACGCACCGCCCGCUGCGCACGACAAGGCUAAGAUCGACGAGGAGUACAUGUCGCUGAUGGCGGAGCUGGGCGAGGCCCCGCCGGGGUUGGGCACUGGCCCCCUGCGGCGCCCCGCGCACUCGCCCUUCGCGCCCGCGCACGCGCCACGCGCCAUCAUGCCGGCCCCGGGAGGCGCCCCGCCGUCGCUGCCGCCGGCGCCCUUCCCGCACGCGAUGCCGCACGCGCCGCAGCACGCGCCGUGGCUGGGCUCGAGCGCCGGCGCCAGCGUGAGCGCGGCGCAGCCCCCGCCGCCCGGCAGCGCGCCGCCCUUCCCGCCGCCGCCGCCGCCGCACCAGGGAGAUAAUCCAAUGGGUCCUCCGUCCAACGGUCCCGGCGGCCCGCACAUGCCUCCACCUCCGCCGGGCAUGCUGGGGCUGGGCGGCUGGCGCGGCGCGUUCGGGCCGCCAUGGGCCGCGCCGCCCGCCGCGUUCCUGGCGCCGCCGCCGCCGCCGCCGCCCGUGUCGUCGUCGUAGCCGGCGCCGCCGGAGCCGAGCCGGACGCUCGGAGGCUCGAGCCGGUCGUCCUACUUUAGUUUUCCGAUUUCAAUUACUUCUUUUAGCGAGUUGCGGUUUAUGACGAGGAGAAGAGGGAAAAAUGAUUUUGCUCCCGCACAAAAUGGCAUCGAUGGCGGCGUUUCAAAUGUCCACAAAGUGUUGUAAUAAGUAAACGA